CUGGGGUCAACACUGCCAGUCCCGCCCCUCCUUAAAAUAGCCCUCGCCUUCCGCCCCUCUUGCCGCAGCUGACGCUUCUCCAUGCUCUGGUAGACACAGUGGGCCGCGUGGAUGGUCGCCACGGCAGCCAAACCCGUGGUGAUGAUUUGUUUACCUCUCAGUUUCUUGCCCAACCAUUCGUUUACCACCAAGGUGGACGCUGCGUAGAAGUACGGGUACCGAGCCAUCGAGCUCUUCCGCGCCAGGCGCUCAUCUUCCAGGAGACAACCACAACAACCGCCUACCUAACGCUGACGCCCUUCUUCCUCCCCACUGACGCCACGCCCGCCAACAACACGUCUCGCACCGCGGCCCUGCUCAUGCACUUUGAGGUCUACAGCGCCGUCGUCGACCCGCUCGUGCCGCUGCACGUCUAUACGGGCGGUCUCCUCCCGCCGGCGCCGCCGGCGCUGCCCCGGUGGGCGGUGGACGCGGCGCUGCGGCGGUUCGGUACUGUGGUGGGCGCCGGCCCGCUGGUGGUGCCUGAGGUGCGGCCCUCUGCCGCUGCUGCAGCGAACGCGGUCCAGAUGGCUGUGCCGUCACCGUUGGGGAUUUGGGCUUGGCUGCAGCCGAGUGAGAUCGAGGCGAUUGAUGACCUGCGGCAUGGUCGGAAGGAGGAGGAGGGUAUGACGGGCUUUUGAAGUAGGUAGGGCUUGACGGUACUAGUAGUGGAUCUUUCUCGCUUAAGCUUUUUAGAUGGGAAGAUAUUACAUUACUGUUACUCGGAUAGGUUAGGUAGGUCGGUUCUAUUA